AUGGCGGACCUGUCCCUGGAUAGCUACUGGCAGCUCCCGCCCCUGUCCAGGACACUGGCGACUGCUACCUUUGGCAUCUCCCUUGCUGUACACACCGGCCUCCUCCCUGGCUGGUGGUUCGUCUGGGCUCCGCGCUUCCUGUGGAUGUUCCCGCCCCAGAUAUGGCGCUUCGCGACCGCGUUCCUCAUUACGGGACCCAAUCUCGGUCUGCUCUUUGACACAUACUUCCUCUACUCGUACCUGAGCCAGCUGGAGAUUGGCAACCCGCGGUUCCCCCGCAAGGAGGACCUCAUCUGGUACCUGAUGUUCGUCGGCGGAACCAUCAUGACUAUCAACUACCUGACCGGCUUCGGCUUCGUUACCUUCCUCCAGGCCCUCGUAGUGGCCAUCUGCUACACCGUGACCCAGGACCAGCGCGGCAUGAAAGUCAGCUACAUGUUCAUCACCAUCCCCGCCCAGCUCAUGCCCUACGCCAUGAUUCUCAUCAACCUGCUCUUCCCGGGCGGUGUCAUGAACAUGAUCUUGCAGGCCCAGGGGCUCGUUGCCGGGCACUUGUUCGAGUUUCUCACUCGAGUAUGGCCUGAGUAUGGUGGUGGCAGCAAUCCCAUCCCGACUCCCGCGGUGCUGUCGACGAUUGUCCAGGCCACUGGAGCAGCGCAAGGAAGGGUCGCGGGUGCUGGUGGCGCUCGGCCGGCUGAUCAAGCGUCCGGCCGCACCACAGGCGCCUCGAGGGGCCCGCUGCCCGACUCCUGGCGGACGCGGGGCCCGGGCCAGCGGCUGGGUUGA